AUGACUGCAAACAUAAAUGAUGAUAGGUCGUGUAACAGGAGCUCCAAUGAAAAUUGGAGCUCACUACAUAAACAUGUGAAAGCAAUUCGCAAGGACCGUGAGAACAAUCUCAUGGAAUUUGGCAGAGAACCAAUCUCAAAGCUCUUUAAGCAAGCUAAAGAAGAUGAUUUAGCAGAUAAUAUCCCGUUAGUUACGAAUUACAUUCCUCUAUCCGGACCAUCCUCAGAACCAUUGCCAGCACCAUAUACGCAGCUUGAGAUCAUGUUUGAUAUGUUAUAA